GCACAGCAAAAGCAACAAAACCACCCUUUAACUCACUCGUCGUCGUCGUCCCGUUUCCUUGUCUGAAACUCCCUCUCCGCCUCCACUCUGUUGUUCUCUUCCCUCGCCAUCCAGCAAAUCGUAUCUCAUACGCGCUCUCCCUUUUCUCGCUCUCUUUUCAAAAUUCAAUUUUUCCCAGUCUGGAGGGCCCUUCCUCCUUGUUUGCUCCUUUGUUGAUUCCUUUCCGUCAUUCACUUUUGCUUCAAUCCCACUCCGGCUCUUCCUUACUUUUUUGGGUUUCUCUCGUUUCCUUCACUGAGGUUCCGGAAAUAUGCCGUUUCAGUUCUUCCUGUUCCUACUCCCGGGAAACAUGUAACUCACUCACUCUAUUCCCCGCCGAAAAUAGAAGAAUUACAGUAACAGAAGAUGACCACCGGCAGGUAAAUUCUUUUCUGGGCAAAAACCCAACUGCGGUCUCUUAAAUGACUUCAUUACCUCUGAUCUAUUAGUUUCAUCAACUGUAUGUGUUCUUCUUUCGUUUCCCUUGUUGAAAAAGGGUGAGUUGCAGUGUGGAUUUGGGUUUAGAAUAUCUGGGUGGGACUUCGAUUUGUUCUUGUGAAGCCAAACAGAUGGUUGAUGGCUGGGAGGCUGACUCAUACCCAUCUGUUUUCUUCACGAACUUGUUAUUGGCGGUUUCUAACCCUUACGGUUUCUAGCAUUUAAGUCGAGGACGGAGAAACCCAGAACAAGCAAACGUGCAGUCAAAGAAAGAAAUGAUCAAUCAAUUCAUAUAUAUGUUUCUGUUGCAAGGAUUGGUUACUUUCUUCGGAACGUGGCAUUUAAGGUUGAAUUGUUAUUGUCAAUACUAAAUCAAAAUUCUUUCUAGCCGCGAUUCCCUUCGUUUUCAACUCCAGGACGGAAAUAAUGAAGCUUGCUUUGGCCUUAUCCAUCCUUCACUUUCCAAAUCACUUCUGAGUAAACUGUGGAUUCUGCUAUGCUGCUGUUAAAUUUUGUCCAUCUUUGAGUAAGCUUCUUUGUUAGGGUACAUUUAGGGAAGAAGCUUCAAAAGUUGUUUGUUGUGCUGGGUUUCUGGCAACGGGUUGAACAAUUCAGAGACAACCCAUCUGCCCCAAUUGAUUUUUUCUCAUUUUUUAAAAAGAAACAAAUCUCUUGCUUAUGGUGAAUGCUGGACACAUCACACAUGUUCUGCAUUUGACUUUUCAAGUUACCCAUUUGCUGAUUUUAAUACCACAACAAUAUUAAUAAUAGUAACAUUGGGAGGAAGUGGCAUAUACGUGAGCAAGUUGUAAUCCCAACCCAUCUGAAAAUUGGCUAGUAAUAGAAAGGUCAAACUCUAGCCAUUGUGUCAGGCGAUGGAAAUUACAUCAUUUGCUUUGUAUCACAGUGAAUUGGCGAUGAGUUGCAGGCUUAUGAUGAAAUGGAUGGAGGCUUGAGUAGCAGCAAGUAGCAGCAGCAGAAGGAAAGAGACAGAGAGAUAUGAAAGGGGAAUCAUCUGGGUUGAUCAUUGGGAUUUCAAUUGGGGUGGUAAUUGGUGUGCUUUUGGCUAUUCUGGCCUUCUUCGGGUUUAGGUAUCACAGGAAGCGAUCCCAGAUUGGUAACAGCAGUUCUAGGAGAGCAGCCACGAUUCCAAUCAGAGAAAAUGGAGGUGAUGCUAGUACCAUCAUGUCUGAUUCAACUAUUGGUCCGGAUUCACCUAUGAAAUCCGGGGGUAGAAAUGGGAUCUCCUUUUGGCUUGAAACUUUUAAGAAGAGCAAUGUUGUAUCAGUUUCUGGAAUACCCGAGUAUUCUUACAAGGAUCUCCAGAAAGCGACAAGUAACUUUACUACUGUGAUUGGACAAGGAGCAUUUGGUUCUGUUUAUAAGGCUCAAAUGUUGACUGGUGAAACUGUGGCAGUCAAAGUUCUGGCUACCGAUUCUAAACAAGGGGAGAAAGAGUUUCAGACUGAGGUUAUGCUACUGGGAAGAUUGCAUCAUAGAAACCUAGUCAAUUUGGUUGGUUAUUGUUCUGAGAAAGGGAGACACAUACUGAUAUAUGUGUACAUGACCAAAGGGAGCUUGUCUUCUCACUUGUACAGUGAAAAUCAUGAACCAUUGAAGUGGGAUGUGAGGAUUAAUAUUGCUCUAGAUGUUGCUAGAGGCUUGGAGUAUCUCCAUGAUGGGGCAGUCCCACCUGUGAUUCACCGAGACAUUAAAUCAUCCAACAUUCUGUUGGAUCACUCAAUGAGGGCCAGGGUGGCCGACUUUGGACUAUCGAGAGAAGAGAUGGUCGAUAAACACGCUGCAAACAUAAGGGGAACUUUCGGAUACCUUGAUCCUGAAUAUAUAUCAACUAGGACGUUCACAAAGAAGAGUGAUGUCUACAGCUAUGGGGUGUUGCUUUUUGAGCUUAUAGCUGGCAGAAACCCUCAGCAGGGUUUGAUGGAAUACGUUGAGCUUGCAGCAAUGAAUACUGAAGGGAAAGUGGGAUGGGAGGAAAUAGUGGACUCCCAUCUGGAAGGGAAGUUCGAGAUGCAAGAGCUGAACGAAGUAGCAGCUCUUGCAUACAAAUGCAUCCAGCGGCUGCCGAGAAAGCGGCCUUCGAUGAGGGACAUAGUGCAGGUGCUAUCAAGGAUCCUGAAGGUGAGGCACAACAGGAAGCACCAGCUCAGGAAAUUCCUCUCCGCCACGCCCGAGGAGGUUUCCAUCGACAUUGAGCUGCCCGAAAUCAGGACCCCGACAUCGGAACGCCAGCACCAGAGGGAGGAGUCCAUGGACAGCACUGACACUUGUGAAGUUUAGCUAACGAUGCAUUCUCAUCGCAGGCAUGAUCUCUUCUUAUUCUUGGUUCGUUUUGAUUCUUUCGAUUUGUACAUGGGUUGGGUUUGGUUGUUGGAAGGGAUAUGACAUGACCACCUCCUUCACACGUUGGUUUCUUGUAGUGUUGAUCACAACGUUAGAAGCUUUUUUGGGUGUCCCAAGUGUUAGUGGAUAGGGUUUUCAUGUAAGAUAUAUACAUAAUAUAUAGGUGCUGUGAAGAUUCUAUGGAGGGUUGGUGUUGUUUUUGAAUGAAACAACAACACAUCCGAUUGAUUUUGUAUAUUCAAGUGGCUUGAGUAAUAGAAAUGGAGAAAUCUGGAUUUUUAC